AUGUCUGUCUACCCUAAGUGUCAAUGCUCACAAAGACCCUUGUCCCAAGGAGCUUUUCAAUCUACCCCAAGUGUCGUGGCUAACAAAGAGCCUCAUCCUAAGGAGCUUUUCUGUCUACCCCAAGUGUUGUGGAUAACAAAGUGCCUCGUCUCAGUGAGCUUUUCUGUCUACCCCAAGUGUUGAGGCUAACAAAGAGCCUCGUCCCAAGGAGCUUUUCUGUCUACCCCAAGUGUUGAGGCUAACAAAGAGCCUUGUCCCAAGGAGCUUUUCUGUCCACCCUAGGUGUCGAGGCUGACAAAGAGCCUCGUCCCAAGGAGCUUUUCUGCCUACCCCAAGUGUUCCAGCUAACAAAGAGCCUCGUCUCAAGGAGCUUUUCUGUCUACCCCAAGUGUCAUGGCUAACAAAGAGCCUUGUCCCAAGGAGCUUUCUAUCUACCCUAAGUGUCGUGGCUAACAAAGAGCCUCGUCCCAAGGAGCUUUUCUGUCUACCCCAAGUGUUGCAGUUAACAAAGAGCCUCGUCCCAAGGAGCUUUCUGUCUACCCCAAGUGUCGUGGCUAACAAAGAGCCUCGUCCCAAGGAGCUUUUCUGUCUACCUCAAGUGUCGCGGCUAACAAAGAGCCUCGUCCCUAGGAGCUUUUCUGUCUACCCCAAGUGUCGAGGCUAAUAGAGCCUCGUCCCAAGGAGCCUUUCUGUCUACCCCAAGUGUCGUGGCUAACAAAGAGCCUCGUCCCAAGGAGCUUUUCUGUCUACCCCAAGUGUCGCAGCUAACAAAGAGCCUCGUCCCUAGGAGCUUUUCUGUCUACCCCAAGUGUCGAGGCUAAUAGAGCCUCGUCCCAAGGAGCCUUUCUGUCUACCCCAAGUGUCAAUACUCAUGAAGAGCCUUGUCCUGAGGAGCUUUUCUGUCUACCCCAAGUGUCAAUGCUCACAAAGAGGCUCGUCCCAAGGGGCACUUCUGUCUGCCCCAAGUGUGGAUGCUUAG